AUGCGCUCUUGGGCCCCACUCUUACUAUGCAGCUCGGUUUCGACUGCUGCGCUUUUGAGAAAUGUCGAAAUUCGUACGCCUGAAAGAGUGCCCAUUGGUGCCUCCAAUCCGGUUGAACAUGACUUUGCCUCUUUUUCUUUACCUUUCCAUUUCUUCCCUGACUAUGCUGGCAAUAAGAGUCAUCCGAACCUGUUCUCUCGUGAUAUAGUCAAUCUUUUCUUCGAGAAGACAGGGGCUCAUCCGCAUAUCCGCGUUGGCGGUACCUCGGGAGAUCGCACCAUAUACAAUGCAUCCCAAACGCAAUCAAUUGUCCUAUCGAAAGAAUAUGAUAAUGGUAUUCCUAUUGAAGUUACCGUCGGCGAAGUCUUCUUUGAAGGAUUCGAUAAUUUCCCCGGAACCCCUUGGACUUUCCAAGUCAAUCUUGCCAACAAUAAGAGCAAUGCACUCGAUAAUGCUCUGACCGAAGCUAAGAUUGCGCUCAGUCAUAUCAAGGAAAAUCUUGUUGCUUUUGAAAUUGGAAACGAGCCUGAUCUCUACCCUGGUGAUGUUCGACCGUCAAAUUAUAACACGGCAGAUUACGUCAAAGAGUGGACUCACUAUGCGAAUGCCAUCUCGAGGCAUGUUCUACAAGAUAACCCUUACGGACUUGAUUCGUGGAAGUUAUUCCAAGCUUUGACUUUCGUGUUCAAGCCUGACGGCUUUACUACGGCUGACGCAUUCAAGGAUGGCAUUGACAAGACAGGGCACGUGAAAACAGUAUCGCAGCACCAAUACGCCGCUGGAAAUCAAGGCUGGGUCAGACUUCAAAACUCUUUCAUGAACCACACCGCCAUCGCUGGGAACUUAACGCAGUACAUCCCCGAUAUGGAAGCAACAAAAGCAGCCAAUCCCGGCAUCGAAUUUUUGCUUGGAGAGACAAACAGCGACUAUGUCAACCUGGGCAUGAACCAGGUGGAAGGUGUUUUUGGAAGCUCCCUUUGGUUGGUUGAUUAUCUUCUUUACGGAAUGAGCCUAAACAUAUCUCGCUUCAAUCUUAUCCAAGGAACAAAUUUCGGCUACGCAGGCUGGGUCCCCGUACCCUACAAUGGCCAAGACCCGCAAGUCCGCCCGCCACUUUACGGGCAGAUCCUUGUCGCGGAUGUAAUCGGGCAUCAUCGUGAUGUGCAAAUCGCACCGGUCGACCUGGGUCGCUGGGAUCUUUCAGCAUAUGGAGUCUACCAGUCCGGAAUCCUCAGCAAAUAUGUAGUCGUCAAUUUUGAUGAGUGGAAUUCGACCACGCACUAUCCUCGCCCUUCCCAGAGGUUUGAGUUCCAUGUGCCACCCGGUGUUCAUGCUGCUGAAGCAAAGAGAUUGACUGGACCGGGUGCCAGCUCCACAUCUGACAUCUCCUGGGGUGGGAUCAGCUGGAACUGGACGGCUGAUGGUAGGCUUGGACAGCAUGGGGCAGAGAAUGCUGAACGACUACAUAUCCAGGGUAAGAAGUUGCUCCUAGAGGUUCCUUCAACUCAGGCCGUUGUCAUCGACUUGCUUCGGAAGAAAUAG